GAUAGUGUUCAUGUGGUUUAGCUUGACUCACUCACUCCCAGACAUGACGGUUCAACUGAGCUUUCUUCUCAUCUUCACUGGACUUACAGGAAUUCACAGCAUAACUACAGUCAGUAAAGUGUCAGUGAGAGCUGGAGGUUCGAUCACCAUCCCGUGUCUCUAUGAGUCAAAGCACACAAACAAUGUGAAAUAUUUGUGUAAAGUAUCUACUUGGGACUUCUGUUCUGAUAAAGUUAAAACAAACAAACCAAGCAGUUCAGGAAAGUUUUCGAUCUCUGAUGACAAAACACAAAGAGUCUUCACUGUGACUAUAAAUGAUCUGACUGGAGAGGACACUGAUUAUUACUGGUGUGCUGUGGAGAUUGAUUAUGGACCAGAUUUGGGAACACGUUUCCAUCUGUCAGUCACUGGAGGCAAUCCAUAUCUAUAUGUGGAUGAACAGAAGAGGACAGGAUUCAGAGGAGAAGAAAUAACCAUCGAUUAUCACUAUUAUAACGCUGGAGAUAUAAAGUGGUGCAGGCUGGGCAGCUCCUGUGUGACACGGCCGAAUGGAUGGUUAGAAAACUCAAGAGUCACCAUGAAUAAUGUCCCUGGUCUUCUCUCUGUGACUCUGAGCGGACUGAGGACAGAGAGCAGCGGCUGGUAUUUGUGCGUUAAAGGAGACUUACAGAUGCCGGUGCACAUAACUGUUACUGAGAAACCUACAACUACAACAAGUCCUGCCACCUCUGAGCCUGUGAAGCAAACCUCUAGUUCUGCAGACCAACCACUUUCCACUGUCGAGGGUAAACAGCAAAGUGUUUCAGGGAACUUAAAGAGCUUCAUCAUCCCUUUGAGUUUGCUGAUCUUCAUUGUUAUGGUGGCCAUGUUUAUCUGGUUUAUGUUCAAAAAGCACAGACAGACCAAAGAAGAAUCCCCAGCCACAAUAAUUUCUAAUGAGGAAGUAACAUACAGUACUGUCAAGAACAAGAGAAAGACAGGUCAGCUUGGUCUCGCUGAAGAGGAAGUAACAUACAGCGAUGUUAAACACAUGAGAAGAGCUUCAGAAAAGUGGUCAGAAGCUAAUAGAGAUGUGGACGUGAUGUACUCCUCUGUGGUCGCUGUAGAACGUCAAACUAAACAAAGGUCUAAUGCAGAAGUAACAUACAGUACUGUCAAGAAAAAGAGAAAGACAGGUCAGCUUGGUCUCGCUGAAGAGGAAGUAACAUACAGCGAUGUUAAACACAUGAGAAGAGCUUCAGAAAAGUGGUCAGAAGCUAAUGGAGAUGUGGACGUGAUGUACUCCUCUGUGGUCGCUGUAGAACGUCAAACUAAACAAAGGUCUAAUGUAGAAGUAACAUACAGUACUGUCAAGAAAAAGAGAAAGACAGGUCAGCUUGGUCUCGCUGAAGAGGAAGUAACAUACAGCGAUGUUAAACACAUGAGAAGAGCUUCAGAAAAGUGGUCAGAAGCUAAUAGAGAUGUGGACGUGAUGUACUCCUCUGUGGUCGCUGCAGAACGUCAAACUAAACAAAGGUCUAAUGCGGAAGUAACAUACAGUACUGUCAAGAAAAAGAGAAAGACAGGUCAGCUUGGUCUCGCUGAAGAGGAAGUAACAUACAGCGAUGUUAAACACAUGAGAAGAGUUUCAGAAAAGUGGUCAGAAGCUAAUAGAGAUGUGGACGUGAUGUACUCCUCUGUGGUCGCUGCAGAACGUCAAACUAAACAAAGGUCUAAUGCGGAAGUAACAUACAGUACUGUCAAGAAAAAGAGAAAGACAGGUCGGCUUGGUCUCGCUGAAGAGGAAGUAACAUACAGCGAUGUUAAACACAUGAGAAGAGCUUCAGAAAAGUGGUCAGAAGCUAAUAGAGAUGUGGACGUGAUGUACUCCUCUGUGGUCGCUGUAGAACGUCAAACUAAACAAAGGUCUAAUGCAGAAGUAACAUACAGUACUGUCAAGAAAAAGAGAAAGACAGGUCAGCUUGGUCUCGCUGAAGAGGAAGUAACAUACAGCGAUGUUAAACACAUGAGAAGAGCUUCAGAAAAGUGGUCAGAAGCUAAUAGAGAUGUGGACGUGAUGUACUCCUCUGUGGUCGCUGUAGAACGUCAAACUAAACAAAUGAUUCAAGCGGAAGAAGAUGAUGUAACAUAAAGCAGGUUGGCUUAGCACCAGAAAAACCUGUGAAUGUUACCCCUACCCUACAUCUGUACCCAACGUUGGAGGCUUUUUUUUAGAUGACAGUCUUGCAAUCAAUCAAUCAAUCAAUGUUUAUUUAUAUAGCCCAAUAUCACAAAUG